AUGUGCUGGGGCAAAAGCGAUAAAUGUUCUAUCCGAAGCGUCUUUUUUCAGAGCCGAUCCACUGAGCCUACACCUAUUGAGCCCGUCAUUUGGAGAGGUGUACGCCAUGCAUGGUUUUCGUCCAACAGUCGACUCCAUCGAUUUUUGAGAUAUUUUCGUACUAUUAAAAGCGUGGAUAUUGUUACUGUGCGAAUAGCUGGGAAGCACGAAGUGCACAACAGACAAACCCCAGACGAUGCACUACCUGGAGGGCAAUAUUCAAGUAUCGAGUAUAUUGGAACAAUCACCAGAGACGACAUAGCGUCGGAAACACAUGUCGUACAAGAACUAAUCGACUCCUACGUACCCCAAAAGUGGCCGUGCAAAUACAACUACGAGUUGGGAAUAAUGGAGUGUGACGGCCAUUGCAAGUCUCGGGACUUAUAUGUCGUAUGCCCCCAGAUCGACCAUUUCAAACAGCAGAGAAAACUACUGCAACUCAGCAUGAUUCCAUUCCGAAGGCUGGCACUCAUGGAUCCAGAUAUUACCUCUAUAAACAGCGUUCUGGAUCAGAAAGAUAUAGUAUACUCUCGCCGUGGCGUCUUAAAACGACUCAAUACUUGGCAUUGCCCAUCUUUAGGAGAGCUCCCUUUUCGUGCUAUUUUUAUCGAAGAGGGCUGGAUUUUCAGUGAUUUUACCAUUUCGUUACCGAUGGUGGCGGCUGGGCUACUUCUUAUCGUUCUGGGCUGCAAGUUUGCAGACUCCAAGAAGCUGCACAAGGCCGGCAUCAGGGAUGUGCGGUUAGAAAAGCUUGCAAGUGCCAGAAACAAGAGAGAGCAACCUAUCGCCGAGAGAGUAGCAUAUUUCCAAGAUGGACUCCAGGAGCGCGAGGCCGACUCAUUAGAUCUUGCUACUGUCCAGAUGCUCAUUACACAAUUUGUUAAUCAAUACGAUGAGGAAUAUGACGAGGUCAAGAAGGCCCGCCGACCCGGCAGACCGGCCAGCGUGCGCGAGGACCUUCUCAAGAUGAAGAUUGCCGCUUUAAACGAAGAGUACGAGAAGGGUUUCGUUAUUCCUGAUGUUAUGGAUAUCGACAACGCCAAGAAGCUCAACGCCUGGGAAGGCUCAUGGGCAUACCUCGCUACUAUUCCCUGGAUCAAAGUAUUCAGCUCUGGAAAGGUUGUUCCUACCGAUUUCCCCACCAAGGGAAUCAACUAA